AUGGCCGUCUCGUCACGCCAUGUGCUGUCGCCGAUGCAGCCCACCUUCAAGCUAGGCGGCCCCAAUGGCAACGAGGACAAUGACGGCGGGACGUCAUCGAUGAUCAACGAAGCCACCGCGUCCCUUUUGCACGCCUCCUUGGACAUCCAUCUUCCUCGAGGACCAAGCGUACAUUCGAGUUCAAGACCUGGCAUGGGCAGACCGAGGAGUUCGAGUCGAAAUUUGCAGUGGAGUCGUGGCAGCGUCGAGGACUUGCGCGCGGUCGAUCGUUCAGCCAGUCCCGUGAUCGAUCGAGACGACUCGAAUCCGCGCAAGUUGGGCAAUGGCAAAUGGAAGGAGGUAUCGGGUGCUUCCUAUGCCAGUGGGAUGGUCGGGUCGAGCGGUGAGCACCCUUUCGCGCAUACGACGGCCUUGUUAAGGCGUACCCAUUCCGCGGAUUUGCUCGAGCGUGAUGGUGGACCUCCGAGCGAGGACGACUUUAGUAGUGAUGUAGGUUCAGUGCCUACUUUGGAUGCAUUAAUCUGAGCUGACAGCCUCCUUAUUCUGCAGGAUGAAAUUUUCCGGCCGAGGCCGCCCUCGAUCGCAUCGACGAAUUCUCAGAGGUCUUCGGUCAGUUCUCCUCCCAGCCUACUCUGCAUACCUAUGCCUCAUUCCCAAGCUGACGCGAGGUGGUCCAACACUCCACAGCGCAUUGGAGUUCUACUCGAGGACUGCACAAAUCGGGAGAACCACGCUUUCGCUCGCGACGUGCGGAUAACGGGCUUUCACCCUGUCGGAUCGCAGAAUGCCGGUGGUUUCGUCGUCUUUGAGAUUGAGAUCGUCACUCCUCAGGUAUGUCGACGUUCACUUUUGGGAGAAUCGAGGAGACAUCAUUUACGCUGUGUCUUUUUUCACAGGGGACUCUGAUCAAGCUGAACAAGCGCUAUUCGGCAUUCGUGCGGCUCAGAGCCGAUCUCGUUCGCGAAUACCCCCACUUCCGAGGCUGGGUGCCGCGAUUACCCCCAAAAAACUCCUUGGGUGAGUCCGAAAACACAAAAGUAUUGUAUCUUCUCAUACUUACCCAGCUCGAGCCUGUGUUCAACACCCUGUUGUCAUUAGCCAAGUACCGACCAUCAUUCUUGGACCGCCGACGAGCGCAAUUAGCGUAUUGGUUGACGACAAUUUUGCUACAUCCGGAAGCUGGAAGGUGUGCACUUGUGAGGCAAUGGGUACUGGAGUGA